UAGCAUGGCCGUGAGCGCGGCCACCGCCCCCGCCGCCGAGCCGCUGCCCCGCAGCAUCUUCAAGAAGUUCCUGGUGAUGCUCUGCUCCCUCCUUAUGUCUCUCUACGUUUUUUAUUGCCUGGCCGACCGCUGCCAGACCCUGCCCGGCCCCAUCAUCGCCGCCGGAGCCGCCUCGGAGGAGGAGGAAGGAGGAGGCGGCGGGUACCUGGGGGGCUCGGCCGAGUUCCCUCCCUGGCCGGCGGCCGCGGCGCGGAGGAAGCGGCUCCUGCAGCGGCUCAAGCAGCGGCGGCGACGGCAAGAGGCGGCUCCGGGCCGGGAGGUGCCGGCCGGGGGCGGUGGCAGCCGGGCCGUCGGUUCUGGGGUGUUCACGGGCACGCCCGGCACUCUGACACUGCUGCUGGGCGAGGGCAGCAAGCGGCUGCCCCAGGCCAUCAUCAUCGGCGUGAAGAAAGGCGGGACGCGGGCGCUGCUGGAGUUCCUGCGGGUGCACCCCGAUGUCCGCGCCGUCGGGGCCGAGCCCCACUUCUUCGACCGCAACUACGAGCGGGGACUCGCCUGGUACCGGGACCUCAUGCCCAGGACCCUGGAGGGGCAGAUCACCAUGGAGAAGACCCCCAGCUACUUUGUCACCAGGGAGGCCCCCGCCCGCAUCUCCUCCAUGUCCAAGGGCACCAAGCUGAUCGUGGUGGUGCGGGACCCCGUGACCAGAGCCAUCUCAGACUACACCCAGACGCUCUCCAAGAAGCCCGAGAUCCCCACCUUUGAGAGCCUGACCUUCAAAAACAGGACUACGGGCCUGAUCGACACCUCCUGGAGCGCCAUCCAGAUCGGGAUCUACGCCAAGCACCUGGAGAACUGGCUCCUCCACUUCCCCAUCGGGCAGAUCCUCUUCGUCAGCGGGGAGAGGCUGAUCAGCGACCCCGCGGGGGAGCUGGGCAGGGUCCAGGACUUUCUGGGCCUCAAGAGGAUCAUCACUGACAAACACUUCUACUUCAACAAAACCAAGGGGUUCCCCUGCCUGAAGAAGGCAGAAGGCAGCAGCAAACCCCACUGCCUGGGGAAGACGAAAGGCAGGACCCACCCUGACAUAGACCAGGAGGUGGUGCAGAGACUGCGGGACUUCUACCGACCCUUCAACAUGAAGUUCUACCAGAUGACAGGGCAGGACUUUGGCUGGGACUGAG